AAGACCCGUCCUGAAACCUGCAGUUAUCCACCUAUGUGAGCUCAGCGCAGGCUGCAGAAGAUGUGCACAAAGUGUGAGUUUCCAUCACCUUCAGCCGACUGGACCCACACAAAGAAAAGACACCGGGAGAAAGUUUUCAACAGUUUCUGAAACCCAGAGGGUCUGGUCUGUCCACUGGAGGACUCCAGGAGGAGGAGGAGGCUGGGCCGACAUGAGGCUGUGUAACCGGGGUGCGAUGAUGCUGCUGACCACGGCGGGGGCUUUCUGCGCCUUCAGCCUCAUGACCAUCGCCGUGGGCACGGACUACUGGCUGUACUCCCGCGGGAUGUGCCGCUCCAAGAGCCAGAGCGACAACGAGACCGUCCGCAAGAACGAGGAGGUCCUGACACAUUCGGGUCUGUGGAGGACCUGCUGCACAGAAGGGACGUUUCGGGGUGUUUGCAAAGACAUUGAUCACUUUCCUGAAGAUGCUGAUUAUGAACAGGAUGCUGCAGAGUAUUUACUACGAGCAGUACGAGCCUCCAGCCUCUUCCCCAUCCUCAGUGUGGGAUUAUUAUUUCUCGGAGGUGUGUGUGUAGCUGCCAGUGAGUUCUACAAGUCACGCUACAACGUCAUUCUCAGUGCGGGUAUACUCUUUGUCUCUGCAGGUCUCAGUAACAUCAUUGGCAUCAUUGUGUACAUAUCAGCCAACUCAGGUGACCCCAGCCAGAGCGACAACAAGAAGAGCUACUCCUACGGCUGGUCCUUUUAUUUUGGGGCUUUGUCCUUCGUGCUGGCUGAGAUGGUGGGCGUCCUGGCAGUGCAUGUGUUCAUAGAGAAACACAGGCAGCUGCGCACUAAAGGCCGGCCUUCCCUCAUGAAGCCGCCCAUCUCCCGCAACUCAUCUUACUACCGCAACCGUUACUACCACAACCGCUCCCGCCGAUACAGUUACAGGAGCAACCACAGUGCAGGGGACUCAACCUCGCACUCCUUUCGAGCGUCCUUGGUGCAGGACCGAGAGCCGUCCCUCUCUGCUGAAUCCAAAGUCACUGGCAUGGCAGGUUUGCCAACGGCAGUGACAGUGGGUUCAGAGUUCAUGCUCUACACCUUAACCUCGCCACUCAAAGAUGGUAAGAUCGACAUGGGUGUGGAUGAUUUAACUACAGCUGCUCAUGACAAUGCUGACAUGCUGCCUGGAAACUGUGCUGCCAGCAGAAGGACCACGCCUGUGUGAGUGGAGAGGUACUGGAAGAGGGAGGUGUACAUUGA